AUCAGUUGAAGUUUUUUCAAAAAAGGACUACAGAGCCAGCACCCCUGUCAAUAAACGGGUUUAGAGUUGAAUGCAUUAAUUGCAAACUAUCUAUAGUCUGACCACAAAAAAUAUUGUUCCUUUCUAGUUUGUUGUUUGUUUUGCAUACAGCCCCUAAUCCUCCGCAGAAAGCAUGAGCUUAGCAAUCAGCAAUUCCAGCACCAGCCUAUAUAAUCUUUCCAACUGCCUCUCUGAAGAAUCCACUCUUUUGGAAGAUUAUAAGCUUGUGCAAGAGUACCUCUCGUUUGUUGUGGACGACUACCUUGAAGACCCUCAUCCCACCAUGGACCCUAUACAACAAGAUGAUAUCCAGUUACCAGCCAGAUCUCCAGCCAGACUCCUCAACCAGAAACCCAUUGAAAUUCCUGACUCGCCAGACCUAGGACUUCUGGACUCGAGUUCCAUUGACUACAACUCGUAUGGGUCAGAUAGGUCGAGUCGGUCGUCUAUUUUUUCUGACCAUCAGACUGAAUUGCAACCACAACCACUGCCAACAGACUCACCAGAAGGGCUUCUGGACGAAGAGAUGUUAGUCCUCUACGGGUAUGUGGAUGUUGAACAAGAACAAGUGGUGAACAAAGUCCACGAUGUGAUUACUAUUAGUUAUUCCCACAACGGCAACGACCACCAAAAGCUGAGCCAGCUUAAGGUAGUGGACGUGCAAGUCCGUGCACCUGGUGCUUUCAUUUAGGGAAGGUGUGUAAUGAGUUAUGGGUUAUAUGUGUUUAAUAAUGAUAGAUUUGUUAAUGUCGUAGGAUUGUGUGAAUGCUUGGUUAUUUAGUGAUGGAUGCUAUUAUUAUAUGGUAUGUUUGGUUGUUUAAUAACGUAUUUUAUUAGUAUGUCGUAGAAUUAUAUAGGGGGAUGCGUCCACGACCGUACUCCACCACUCCGUCCACACUCCACCAACCACAAAGACAAACACACCGUCCACACUCCACCAACCACAAACAGACCAACCACAAACACGCCAUCCGCACACUCGCCCACCGCACCAGCCUCCCACUGGUGUUUGCACCAUAAAAUCGCCGCAGCCCUUUUGUGUCCCCGUCCAUCACGUCCCUCACUGGACGCUAUCACCCGCGAGGCUAUUUUUUAGUUUGACAUAUCAAUAAUCUUCACACCACUUUCACAUUACCCACAAACAUGGCGGUAGCGCUAGGCCUGAUCAUCUAUUCGGCCGUCAAGCCCAUCUUUAAGAUAUACAUAAUCACCGGCAUAGGGUUUAUCCUCGCAAAACGAAAUGUACUUACCGUCUCCACUUGCAGAGACAUCUCAGACGCUAUUGUCACCGCAAUUUUACCCUGUUUGAUCUUCACCAACAUCGUUAAGAACCUCGCAAGCUCCGAUAUCAAGUCUGUGGGAAUCAUCUUCUUCACUGCCACCGUGCUUUUUGGAGUUGGGAUUCUCUUUGCAUAUAUCACCUACAUUGUCACCCGUUCUCCUAAACGAUGGUUGGGAGGUUUACUUUCAGUGGGGCUCUUCCCCAACAUUUCGGACUUACCCAUAGCAUACGUCCAAACCCUCACAAACGGCGGUAUGGUCUUCUCCGAGUCAGAAGGUGAUAAGGGCGUUGCCUACGUGUGUAUUUUCCUUGCUGCUCAGGCCUUCUACCAGUUUACCCUCGGACUCUAUGCGUUGAUCCAGUGGGAUUUCAGGGAUGAAGAUGAUGACGAAAAGGUGAUAGGCUCGGGCUCGGACACGGCCUCGGCCCGCCACACCCACGAUACCAUCUCCUCUAAUGCAUCUACACCCAAUGCCGACUCUUACGACGAUGCCUUGUCGAUAUCCAGCUCAUUGCCCUCGAACCAAAUGGUGGAGGUCCCGCUUCCAACAAAUCUUGGUGAAGAAACCUACCGCACCGGAUCACAGCGUCUCUCUCACCGGAUUGGCACCGCCAGUCUUUUGCCCAUUCGAAGCAGAGACUUGAGGUCCAUGAAGUCACAAGACAUAGGCGAUGUCAUUAAUGAAUAUUCGGAAUAUGACCGUUUAAAUGACAAUUCUAAUCUCAGUGGGGUCCAGAGAAUGAUCACCUUGGGAAGUGAUACCAUAGGUCCCGCCAUCAUGGUGGGAGGUGAGUCUCUCAGCAAACCCUUGACUAAUGCAUCUAAAAUUGAAGUUGUCACCUCCAAAGUUCGUCAACGUCUCUAUUCGAUUUUGAAAAACACCCUUGCACCGGUGUCAAUAUCGUUGAUCUUGGCACUUGCUGUGGCAAUGGCUCCUCCACUAAAGGCGUUGUUUGUCAGUCUGGCAUUUUCUAUCCCAGACGCUCCAGAUGGCUUACCUCCUUUAUCAUUUCUAUUGGACACAGCCCUGUACAUGGGUCAGGCCUCAGUACCUCUUGGAUUACUCUUGCUAGGAGCCACGAUUUCUCGACUUGACCUCAAGGGAAUGCCUAAGGGCUUUUAUAAAACCGUGUUGGGAAUUGUACUAUUCCGUCUUGUCCUCUUACCAAUGGUUGGAGUAGGAUUGGUUGCAGGCUUGAACAGGGCCGGGUGGUACGAUGGGAAUAAGUUGAUUCGAUUCAUAUCGGUGUUGGAGUUCGGCUUACCCAAUGCGACGGCCUUGGUGUACUUUACUGCUUUCUACACAGAUCCAAAUUCGGAAGAUCACAUACAAAUGGACUGCUUAGCAGCCGCUUUGAUUUCCCAAUACGCCGUAUUGUUCAUCACGUUACCUUUCCUUGUAAGUUUCACUAUCAAGGUAACGUUGGGAUAUUAGAGGUGUUUGCUUUUGGGAAGAGCUAGUUCCAAGAAGUUUAAUCUGAUAGAGACGUUCUUUUAAAGUUUUUAUCUCACUCACGCCGGUUCUAUAUGAGGCUGCAAAUUCAAAUACACUACCCAAAACGUUUCACUUCAAAGUUAUAUACUUUAGUAAUUUUAUAGAUUUAUCAAUUAGUUCCCUUUCUUAAUUUGACACUUAUCAAUUA